UCCCCUUUUUCUUUUCUUUUCUUUUCUUUCUUUCUUCCUUCUCUUCAACCGAAGCAGUUUACGAAAUCCUGAAGCAGUUAGCCAUGGAGAAAACAUCGAAUUGGGGAUCCCUCACAGACCUCCUCCUGGAUUCAAUUCUUAAGAAGUUGGUUUCCCUCAUCGAUUACGUCCGCUUCAGUGCCGUCUGCAAGCAUUGGUGCGCCGUAGCAGCAGAUCCAAACAUGGAAAAGUUACAUAUUGAAACUUCUGCAAAUAAUCAACUCCCCCUCCUGAUGAUUCCAACAAUAAAGGGUAGUGGCAAAACCCGUACCUUGUACAACUUAAGUCAUGGCAAAGCCAAUUACGACGUGGAAUUAUCAGUGCCCCUCCACAGAAGAUGUUGUGGUUCUUCCCGUGGAUGGUUAGCGUUUGCCAUGGAUGAUCUUUCCAUCACUCUUUUCAAUCCUUUCACCGGUGCACGAAUUGAUCUACCUCGUCUCGUCCUAAAAACCCCUGAUUACGAUGCUGAGUAUUUUGUAAAAAAGGUGGUUUUGUUAGCCAAUCCAAUUACAAAUCCAGAAUAUGAGGUAGCUGUCAUAUAUGGUGAUAUGCACCAAUUAGCAUUCAUCAAAGCUGGUUAUGAGAAGUCUUGGAGUUUUAUUGAACUUGAUUAUUGGAAAAUCACAAUAGAAGAUUUCGUUGCCUCAAAAGAAUUUGUUGUCUCAGAUGUUAUAUAUCAUAAGGGAAUUAUCCGUUGCGUGAACUAUCAUAACAGAAUUAGCAAUGAUACUCAGGGAAAGGAAUAUUCAAGGCUGAAAAGGGUGAAGAACUUAGGUGGUGAUGCCUUGUUCUUGGGUGACAAUCAUUCCAUGUCCGUUUUAGCUUCUGAAUUCCCAGGAUGUCGGCCAAACUUGAUAUACUUCACCGAUGACUAUAUUGAAAACUUUUACCGCUACGGGCCUCGAGACAUGGCGAUCUUUAACUUGAAGGAUGAAAGCAUCGAAAGCCAUUAUGUGCCGAAUCUUAUGGACAAAAUAAUGCCACCACCGGUAUGGAUCACACCCACGCCAGCAAUUUCCAAUUCCGCUGAAGAAACUUGGUCAGAGUACGGGGAAAAGGAAACAGAGAAGAAAGGAAAUAAAGAAGAAACUCUUGAAUGCCAAAUUGCUUGA